AGUGAAGUGAAGCUGAAGUGAAUACAUAUUUUUAUUUAUUUUACGGCGACAGCAUUGAAACUAAUAAUAAUAAUUUAAGUUUUUAAAUACUUACGUUUGCUGCCUACAGAUUUUAUAAAAAAUGACUUUACCACCUGCUUUGGCUGCUCGCUUAGCCAAGCGAGGCAUAAUAAAAGCAAACACAACUACUGCAAAGGAUCCUCCACCACCAGUACAAACAAAUGAAGAAAUCAUUGCAGAAGAUUAUGAUAACAAUCACGAAGACGUGAGCCCUAAGGAACAGUUCUGGGAAGGCAUAGAAGGGGUAAAUGUCGACCCGAUAAAGGGACAUAAAGGUUGCCCAAAUAAAAGCAACAUUUAUCACGAAUGCUCAAAAAUUUGUGUUAAAACAUGGAAACAAGGAAAGGUUACGCCUAGCGAGAAGUUAUUAGAGAAUAAACGGAAAGUUUUAGAACUGUGGCCUUUACCAGCAGGAUGGGAGGAGGUGUACGAUGAAGGUACAGGCUAUUUUUACUUUUGGAAUGUUCAUAACAAUUUAGUUUCGUGGCUGCCUCCUUCACAUCCACGCGCUGCGCCCAGUGAGAGCGCCGCGCAUUUGCGCGAAGAGCGGGUCUUAAGAGAAGGCGACGAAAGCGAUGACAGCAGCGAAGCAUCAGACCAAGAAGUGCCCCAACAGACUUACAAAGAGAAACGAGCGCACGAGCGCAGAGAGAGAGAGCGGGAAAUGGUGCAUCACAGAGAUAAAAAGAAACAUAGGGUCAAAGAUAAUGAUUUAGACCCAAUGGACCCAGCAUCUUACUCUGAUAUUCCGAGAGGUUCUUGGACCUCGGGUCUAGAUGCCCAUGCUAAGACUGGAGUUGACACCACUGCAUCAGGGUCGUUGUACCAGAUGAGGCCCUACCCUGCACCGGGAGCCAUACUUGCAGCCAAUGCAAAGCAGAGUUCUCCUCCACCCUCUCCAUAGUACUAUUGUUUUAAGAUUAAAUAAUAUAGGUAAUGUAUGUAUUCUUAUUAUAUUUAAUAAACUAUAGAUGAAGAUAAAA